CCGUAAGGAGCCCCUGCCGUGCACCAGAGCCCCCGGGAGCCAUCUGCCCGGCUGCCCCAGACCCUGGCAGCGGGGCCUCCGAUGGCAGUGGGCACCUCCCCGUGAAACCUGCCAAGCUGGACGCCACAGCUCUGCACGACGACACUUCGGCCAGCCCCGUGAGCCCUUCAGAGGUGUGCCACCAUGCGGUCCUAGCCUGCAGCCCGGGCCUCCCCGAGGAGCAGUAUGUAAGUGAGGCUGUGGAAGAUGCUCCCAGCUACACAGGGUACCGGGAUGCCUGCACCAUUACUGAUGUGUGUAAUAGCACCGACCUUCCGGAAGUCGAGAUCAUCAGUCUGCUGGAGGAGCAGCUGCCCCACUACAAGCUGAGAGCCGACACCAUCUACGGCUAUGACCAUGACGACUGGCUGCACACCCCACUCAUUUCUCCCGACGCCAACAUCGACCUCACAACAGAGCAAAUCGAAGAGACGCUGAAAUACUUCCUUUUAUGUGCUGAGCGAGUUGGCCAGAUGACUAAAACAUAUAAUGACAUAGAUGCUGUUACUCGACUUCUUGAGGAGAAAGAGCGGGAUUUAGAGUUGGCGGCUCGGAUCGGCCAGUCGUUAUUGAAGAAGAACAAAACCCUAACGGAGAGGAACGAGCUGCUGGAGGAGCAGGUUGAACACAUCAGGGAAGAGGUAUCUCAGCUCCGGCACGAGCUGUCUAUGAAGGAUGAGCUGCUGCAGUUCUACACCAGCGCCGCCGAGGAGAGCGAGCCCGAGUCUGUCUGCUCCACCCCGUUGAAAAGGAACGAGUCCAGCUCCUCCGUCCAGAACUACUUCCAUCUGGAUUCUCUUCAGAAGAAGCUGAAGGACCUUGAAGAGGAGAACGUGGUACUCCGAUCCGAGGCCUGCCAGCUGAAGACGGAGACCGUCACCUACGAGGAGAAGGAGCAGCAGCUAGUGAAUGACUGCGUGAAGGAGCUGAGGGAUGCCAACGUCCAGAUUGCCAGUAUCUCCGAGGAGCUGGCCAAGAAGACCGAGGAUGCUGCCCGCCAGCAGGAGGAGAUCACGCACCUGCUGUCACAAAUCGUGGACUUGCAGAAGAAGGCCAAAGCGUGUGCCGUGGAGAAUGAAGAGCUCAUGCAGCACCUGGGGGCUGCCAAGGACGCCCAACGGCAGCUCACGGCCGAGCUGCGGGAGCUGGAGGACAAGUACGCAGAGUGCAUGGAGAUGCUCCAGGAGGCGCAGGAGGAGCUCAAGAACCUCAGGAACAAGACCAUGCCCAACACCACGGCCCGGCGCUACCACUCCCUGGGCCUGUUUCCCAUGGACUCCUUGGCGGCAGAGAUCGAGGGGACGAUGCGGAAAGAGCUGCAGUUGGAAGACCCCGAGUCUGCGGAUGUCACCCACCAGAAGCGCGUCUUCGAGACGGUGCGAAACAUCAACCAAGUGGUCAAGCAGAGGUCCCUGACCCCGUCCCCCAUGAACAUCCCCGGCUCCAACCAGUCCUCUGCCAUGAACUCCCUCCUGUCCAGCUGCGUGAGCACCCCGCGGUCCAGCUUCUACGGCAGCGACGUGGGCAACGUCGUCCUUGACAACAAGACCAGCAGCAUCAUCCUCGAGGCAGAGUCGUCCGACCUGGGGACCGAGGACAGCCAUAGAAAGCCUGGCACCCCGGGCACGCCCGGCUCCCACGACCUGGAGACGGCGCUGAGGAGGCUGUCCCUGCGCCGGGAGAACUACCUGUCGGAGCGGCGCUUCUUCCAGGAGGAGCAGGAGCGGAAGCUCCGGGAGCUGGCCGAGAAGGGCGAGCUGCUCAGCGGCUCGCUGACGCCCACCGAGAGCAUCAUGUCCCUAGGCGCGCACUCCCGCCUCUCCGAGUUCACAGGCUUCUCCAGCAUGUCCUUCAGCAGCCGCUCCUACCUGCCCGAGAAACUCCAGAUCGUGAAGCCCCUGGAAGGCUCUGCCACCCUCCACCACUGGCAGCAACUGGCCCAGCCUCACCUUGGGGGCAUCCUGGAUCCCCGGCCCGGUGUGGUCACCAAGGGCUUCCGGACGCUGGAUGUCGACCAGGACGAAGUGUACUGCCUUAACGACUUUGAGGAAGAUGACACAGGUGACCACAUUUCCCUCCCGGGCCUAGCUACCUCCACACCAGUUCAGCACCCAGAGACCUCAGGUGAGAGGUCCCGCGCACGCGUGACUGUCUCAGGCAGCAGAAGUUACCCAAGCCGGCCUCAGGCUGUCCCCGAGGAGAUGCAGGAGCCUCCAGCAGCCACGAAAGAGGAGGAGAAGGAGGAGGGGUCUGCACAUCACCCUGGGAAGUGCAUGUCGCAGACCAACUCCACCUUCACCUUCACCACCUGCCGCAUCCUGCAUCCUUCAGACGAGCUCACUCGGGUCACGCCAAGCCUUAACUCCGCCCCGACGCCAGCGUGCAGCAGCGCCAGCCACCUGAAGUCCACGCCGGCUGCCACACCCUGCACUCCCCGGCGCCUGAGCCUGGCGGAGUCCUUCACCAACACGCGCGAGUCCACCACCACCAUGAGCACGUCACUGGGGCUGGUGUGGCUGCUGAAGGAGCGGGGCAUCUCGGCGGCCGUGUACGACCCCCAGAGCUGGGACCGGGCCGGUCGGGGCUCCCUGCUACACUCAUACGCCCCCAGGAUGGCCGUGAUCCCCUCCACCCCGCCCAACUCGCCUAUGCAGACGCCCACGUCUUCCCCGCCCCCCUUCGAUUUCAAGUGCACAAGCCCGCCUUACGACAACUUCCUGGCCUCCAAACCGGCCAGCUCCAUCCUGCGGGAGGUGAGGGAGAAGAAGAGCGUGCGCAGCAGCGAGAGCCAGACCGACGUGUCCGUCUCCAACCUCAACCUCGUGGACAAGGUCAAAAGGCUCGGCGUGGCCAAAGUGGUGAGCUCGGGGCGCGCCCACGUCCCCACCUUGACUGAAGAGCCCGGGCCUCUGCUCUGCGGAGCCCCGGGGCCGGCGCACACCAUGGUGUCUGGAGGCCUGGUGGCCGAGGGCCUGCCCCUCCGCUGCCCCACCGUCACCAGCACCAUUGGGGGCCUGCAGCUGAGCAGCGGCAUCCGCAGGAACCGUAGCUUCCCCACCAUGGUGGGGUCCAGCAUGCAGAUGAAGGUUCCCGUGGCUCCCACCUCAGGCAUCUUGAUGGGUGCUAAGCUCCCCAAACAGAGCAGCUUGCGGUGAAGGCGGAAGGGGGUGCCCGCCUAGAAGAGACUCUGGUCCGGAUCGCCCACCUCCCUCUGACCUUCAAGCCGUGCACACUCCCCACGCCCACGAGACAAAUCAAUCUUGUGCCUACGCGGGGAAGCCCUGUGCACCUGGUCAGCGUGUGCUCAAGGACCGGGAAGGCCCCCCGUGCAGGCCUGAGCCCUCCGGGUCUCGUGGGCCUCUCCUCGCUCCGGAGGACAUCACCUGUGCCCACCUGUGGGAAGGUGGGCACCCUUUUUGCCCUUCUUUCCUUUCGAGAAGCACUGGAACCACCCGAGUGCAUUCUUAUCCCGUGGAUGAGACCGGUGGGUUCCCUGGACCGCCCCGGCCGAGGUUGCGCGCGCACAUCACCUGGACGCUGACUGCGGUAUCUCGCGGGUGGACCCCCAGCCGCUUCAGAGACCCCGGCCGGUGGCGGACCUCCCUUUUGUUUCUCGAGGUGUGACCAUCCCCCUUCCUGCCUUUGACUUGAAAUCCUGUGCUUUGUAAUCAGCCGUCAGGCCACGAGCCGAAAGAGAAUGUAUUUCCACGCCCACCGCUCCCGUCCGGCAGUCCCACCCUCCUUUUCUGUGCUGUCCUGUUUUUAUUUGCCCCCCCCUCCUUUUUUUUUUUUUUUUUUUAAUCAUGGGAGUUAUGGUGCUGGCUGGAGGCGGCAGUGACUGCUCACUGUGUGGGUCCGCAGCGUCGACGUGGCCUGGACUCCGCAGGUGGCAGGGGUUGGUGGGGCGGGACGAUGGCCAGAGACCCUUAUCAGCAGGGCCACGGCACCGAGACCCGUUUGGGGAGGAGGUCAGGCUUGGGGCCUCGGCCAGCCCCUGCCCUUAGUCUCAGAGGCCAGUCCAGUCCAGUCGCCUUGGCUAGCGGAGUCUAUGCCCGCAGGUGCGUGUGGUCACAGCGAGGCUAGCCGCCUCCCCCUCGUGCCCGGCCUAUUGUUACCCUCUGCAAAGGAUUGAGGUGCCCAGAAAACCAAUUAGAUAGCCUGGCCCCACGGCUGCCGACCCACGCUGUGAGCUUUUAUUUAUGUGGUGCGUGUGUGCGCGCGCGCGCGCGUGCAUAUGUACAUGUGCUCGCGCAUGUGUGUGAAUCUGACCCCUGCCUCCCCCCCCACCCCCACCCGGUCCAGCCCGUCCAGCCACGUUGUCCGUGGCAUAGCCUGCCCCACGCUGAUCAUGUAUUUAUUGUCCUCAGAGGACUACAUUGUCCGCCCUGGUGUUUCCUGUCAUUUGUCCCAGACAUGUGUGGAAUGAGAACAGCAUAUAACUGAAAUGGUCACCUGUCCCUCCCACUUCUCCCCCUCCCCAGUGUAUGUAUCCUCCAGUUGAGUGGGCAGAACCCUGUGACCACCGAGGAAGGAGGCUUUGAGGGGAGCCCCCCAGGAGCGAGCUUCAGUCCCACGAUUUCAGACUUUUAUUUAUUGUCCGCGUGUGCGCACAGGAGAGUGGGUUUUCCUCCACCACACUUGCCGUUGUGCGUGUGCGCACCCCACUGCAAGUAACUUAACCUUUUCAUUUGAAUGUAUUUUAAAGCAGUAGAUAGACUCAACACAGGGGAACAAGAGCCCUGGAUGGAACGGAGCCCUCUGGGAAUUCAGAAAGGAGCCCCCCACCCCCAAUCACCCAGGAAGUACCAGUAUCCAAACCGACAGUCUGGAGGUUGCAGUAUUUAGUCUAGUAAAUAAAUAAAUGAAGCAAACCAUGUGCAACCACUUCCCACAAGUGUGUUGAAAUGCAUCAAAAAUCAAUGAUGAAAUUCUAUUUGCUAAUGAAUAUCAAUAAAAUAGGUUCAAACAAUGGA